UUCGAACACUACUAGGCUACUGGAUAAUGUCCUAGUUGGAUUUUUUGAAUUUGUGUUUUGAUUGAAUAUCAAUCACUCUCCCAAGUUGGAGAAAGGAUGAAGGAAUAUUCUUACCCUUUAUUGGAUGAAUGUGUAACGUGUAUUUAGAUGAACAGUUUCUUGGGCAAUCUUCACUAUAGAUCUGAGUGAAAAAGAUGCUACCAAAGUCUAAUCAAUACCUAUUUUUAUUAUUGAAAAAUGAUAUUUUAGGUGAGUUUGGUUCUUAUUGGAACCGAAAGUUACAUGACCAAAAAAGAAAAAAAUGACAUCAAGUGGAUCCACUGUUAGUUAAUUUCUGAGCCCAUUCUAGACUAAAAAGAACUAGUGCAUUUAUUUAUUAAUGAUUUUUUGUCUAAGCUGAAAAUAUAGUUCAAUGGGGGACAAAAUCCGAGAAGUAAAUAUUCAAUUACCAUUGACAGAAGCUAUUUAAAAAAUUCUGAAAAACCAAAUCAGAAAAGGAGAAAUAUGCCAAAAUUCUAAAAAAACCAAAUCAGAAAAGGAGAAAUAUGCCAAACUUCACCAACUUUUAAUAAUGUUCAUUUCAAAAAUUUUAAUUAAAAUUAUCAGAAUAGACAUCUAAUAUAAAAUAUAAAUAAUACAUAAAUAUAAAAAAAAAUAUAUGAUUAAAAAUAACUUUAAAAAUAAAAGAUAUAUUAGACCGGAGGUAUUGUCAUAAUUAACAUGUUCUUUCUUGUCUAAAUAUAUAGAGAAAAUGGCAAAAUCCGCAUUCUCGCCGUCGCUAAGAACAGCCAGCUGAGACUGGAGAGGUGGUGGAGACUAGAGUGAGAAACUGAGGGGAGGGAGAGAGAGAGAGGAGGAAAUGUCGGGUAAAGAAACUGUGUUUUAUGUAUUCUUGCCGCUCACGCCACCGUCAAAGAUCUCAAGGAUGAAAAAGAAGCUAAGCAUCUCGAAGCCCUAGAAGGCGCACAAUCGCGUCUCCAUCUCUUCCAGAUCGAUCUCCUCCACUACGACUCCAUUGUCGCCGCCGUCACUGGCGCCAACGGCGUCUUCCACCUCGCAUCUCCCUGUAUUGUCGAUCAAGUUCAUGAUCCUGAGAAGGAGCUAUUGGACCUGGCGAUUAAAGGGACCAACAAUGGCAAAGAGCUGGGGUCCGGCGAGUGGUGGUGACCUCAUCCAUAUCUGCGAUCACUCCGAGCUGGUACUGGCCAGCCGAUGUAGUCAAGGAUGAAAAUUGCUGGACGGAUAUUGAUUACUGCAGGACAAAAGGACAAAAAAGAAAAAGAAAAAUGAAGAACAAGAUAGAGAGAGAGAGACUUACAGGAAGAGAGAAGGACGAUAAGACCAAAUGGUCUCUUGGCCACAAUUUCCUUUAAGUGCAAGGUGGGCUCCACCACCAAAUUUUAAAACCCCAUUUUCUUCGAAUUUUCUUUUGCACCACAAAUAUGUAUACAUGUGCAAAUAAAUUACAAACAUUACAAUUUCAUGGACCCUGUUUCUCGGUUUGAGCAAAAUCAAACUAGCAGUGUUGAGAUCUACAUAGACGACAACAAAAUGGCUGUUACCGAUAUCCCUAAUAUUGAUGGUUAUAUUUAUGACCAAUUCCAUGCUGUGACGCUGUUUUCUGUGCCAGUCAAUGGUUCGGCCAAUGUGACUAUUUCUCCGGCAGAAGGCUCGACUUUGGCCCCACUCAUAAAUGCCAUGGAAGUGUUUUCUGCAAUUGAUGUGUCUGAGGGUGGACAUUUGUUUAACUUCUCAUCAGUACUGUUUAUCAUUUUUCUUCAUGUGAUUAUUAUUCUUGUGACAUAAUAAAUGUUUUAGGCAUUACUGGCGAUUACAGUAGUCCUUGAAGGGACUACAGAUACUUACAAAGUUAAUUUAAAGCAUUUUGGCAAGUUAUUACAUGCUUAAAGUAUUUAAAAAUUUAUAUGAAUGUCAGAUAUGUGCAGAUUAGAUACUUGAAGUUACUAUCUUAAUUGUUACUUCAAAAUUCUCUGAAAUUCCUCUCCUGCCAAAUAUAAUACACUGUGAUAGCAAAGAGAAGCUCAAAGGGUAGGAAUUUAGGGUUGCUAGAGGAAGCACAGUGGAAGGAAAUUAGGGUUGUAGGGAAGUGAAGAAAGUGGAAGGCCAGUCAAGAGUUGAGAAUUUGAUCUUGAGGGCCAUUUGGCCCAUCCAUAACACGAAAUUAUGUUCCCCUUGAACCAGACUAGGCCACACAAAAUUCUCAUUGUGUGAGAGAAGGAAAAUGAGGAUAAAAAUGAAGGGAUCCAAAAACUUUUGUCCAGGUUUUGAGUGAGGAGAGGGAGAGAGGACGGGUUAGAAAUAUCAAGAAUAAUUUCAGAUUAGAAGUGAGGAAUGUUCCAUUGCCUAUUUUGAAUAUUAAUUGAGCUAAUUGUGGCAAGUUUGUCUAUCCUUGAAUUAGUACGAUUUCUACACCCAAGUCUGUUGAUUAAGGCUUCGUUUGAGAACCAAGGGUCAAGCCAGAGAUUGGCGUUUCUGCCAUCUCCAACUAUGUAUCUGAUGAGAGACUGAAUUGUAUCCCAGAGCUUCAGUAUGUGUCUCCAGGUCCAUGAGUGAUAUGUAUGAGGUUUAAGCUCCCAAAAACUGUUGUUUUUAUGAGAUAUAUAUAAGUAUAAUCCACUUUGUCAAUAUACUUGGAUUAUUUUUGGAAGAGAAUAUGCCAAAUGUGCUUCCAAUUGGCCACUUUACACCAAGUAGGUAUUGGCGACUCAAGAAUAAACAAAAGAAAUCCUAUUGGAGUGUUCUUUAUGGCAAAUACCAAAUGUUAUGUGUUACAGUCACCGUUGCAGGCAAAUAUGAUGUAAUACCCAAAUACAUAGGAAUUAACUUCAACAUCCAAAGGCCGGCCAACAUAAUAAAUCAAAUGUAAUAUCACAUGUGCCAACUUCAAUACAUAGUAUCAAAAGUCUAUGGUGACAUUGAUGUGAACUGUAUAUAUAUAUAUCUAUGGCUACCACAUAAACGGCGUAAUUGGUCCAUCACACUUUACUUCAUUUUUUAUGUCCUUUGCCAAUUGCCUACUUAUGUUUGAACAUUUUCCAAAACUCCAAUGUAUGAGUCCCUCUCUUUCUCUCUCUCCAUGGAUCGAUGGAAAACAAUGGCGGUGCUCUUGCUGGUGCUUUUUGCACCAAAGGCUUCUUCAUAUGUAUAUGAUCACAGGUAGGUUCCAGGACUUGUGCAUAGACUGUGGAGCAUACAGUGAAACCCCCGACACCAAUAAAAGCUACAUACUGUGGCAAACCGAUGAAAAGUUCAUUAAAACUGGAGACAACAAAUUCCUCUCCUCCAGCCACACUCAAUUUCAGAUGAAUACCUUACGUUUCUUCCCCAAAGGCCGCAAGAACUGCUAUACAUUACCCUUCUAUGACGUAGAUGCCAAGUAUUUUUUUCGAGCAGGUUUUUACUAUGGCAAUUACGAUGGUCUCUCAAAUCCACCAAGCUUUUAUUUAGAGAUAGAUGGGAACUUAUGGGCAAAUGUAACGACUUCCAUGAGCGAAGAGAUGAUCUACUAUGAACUGCUUUACGUAACAAAGAAGUCGCGAGUUAGGGUGUGCUUGAUUCGUACUAUGGACAGUGAUGUUCCCAUCAUUACAUCUCUUGAAGCUUAUUACAUUAUUGAUGCUUAUGAAUGGAUGGACAACACCACAACUUUGUACCUUCAUAGCAGGAUUAACUACGGUGCAGAUACAAGUGUUGAGCAAAGUAUAGAUCCCAGUGCAGAACGCUACAACCGGAUUUGGAAAUCCAAAGAAUUGUCAAAUUAUGUCAACAUCCAUGCCAACUACAUAUCUCAUUAUUUCUUGUUGGGAGAAAACAGACCACCAUGGCCAGUAAUGGGAUAUGCUAUCCAAUCACAAAAUCUAACAGACUCUAUAUAUUUGUCCAUCGAUUUUUCCCCCAGAACAGCAGUACAAGCCUACUUUGUGCUCUAUUUCAUGGACCCAGUUUCUCGGUUGGCACAAAAUCAAACUAGCAGCGUUGAAAUCUACAUAGACAACAACAAAAUGGUUGUUACAGAUAUCCCUAAUAUUAACAGUUCGUCGUAUAAUCAAUUCCAUGUGGUAACACUGUUUUUUGUGCCAGUCAAUGGUUCAUCCAAUGUGAUUAUUUCUCCGGCAGAGGGCAUAACUUUGGCGCCGCUCCUAAAUGCCAUUGAAGUGUUUUCUGCAAUUGAUGUAUCUGAGGGUGGACAUUUGUUCAAAUUCUCAUCCGUAUUGUUUAUCAUUUCUUUUCAUUUCCUUCUUAUACUCGUGACAUAACUGUUUUAGGCAUUAUCAGAUGCCUAUAUGCUAUAUCAAAGAGUAAUGGAUUUUUCAGUUGGCUUGGUUCCUUUUUUGAUUUGGUUGUCUGGUACUGUUUUAUCAGUUGUAGCCUCUUACCUUUCUUGUGUUGAGGUGGUUGCUCUCCUUCCUUUCUUCUUGGGGAUUUCCUAUUUGCUCUUGCACAGUUGUUUCAUCUAUAAUGUUUUUAUUUACAGAAAACAAAUAAAAUGUAAACAUAUGGAUAUUACAUUAG